AUGGAGAAUAGUCUUGGAUGUGUUUGGGUACCAAAGCUGGCUUUUCUCGUCCUGGGGUUUGCGCUGCUCAGCCUGCGUCUUCAGGUCUCCGGUUCACAGGUUAAGGGAUUUACAUCACUGAGGUUCUUGAUUGAGCCUUCGGAUGUCGUCACUAUGCGUGGAGGCAACGUGCUCUUGAAUUGCUCGGCAGAGUCGGAUCAAGGAGCUCCGAUUAUUAAAUGGAAGAAAGAUGCAGUCUUCUUAAACCUGGCAGUAGAUGAAAGGAGACAGCAGUUGGCCAAUGGCUCACUCUUGGUACAAAAUAUAGUCCAUUCAAGGCACCACAAGCCAGAUGAAGGUCUCUACCAGUGUGAAGCAUCAUUAGAAGGCAUUGGAGCUAUCAUCAGUCGGACAGCUAAGGUCAUGGUAGCAGGGCCACUGAGGUUUCUUUCCCAGACAGAAUCUGUCACAGCUUUUGCAGGAGACACAAUUUUAUUGAAGUGUGAAGUUGUUGGCGAGCCCAUGCCCGUGGUACACUGGCAGCGAAACCAGGAGGACUUGUUCCUGAGCCCAGCGGACGCACGGGUUGCUGUCCUGCCUUCUGGAGCUUUACAGAUCAGCAGAAUUCAGCCGGGGGACAGUGGAAUCUAUCGAUGCCUUGCAAAAAAUCCAGCAAGUUCGAGAAUCGGAAAUGACGCGGAAGUUAGAGUUUUGGCAGAUCCGGGUUUGCACAGGCAGCAGUUUUUCCUUCAGCGCCCGUCGAGCGUUGUGGCCGUGGAGGGGAAGGACGCCAUUCUGGAGUGCUGCGUUUCCGGAUCCCCCCAUCCCACCUUCACGUGGCUGCGCGGAGACGAAGUGCUGCCCGUCAGGUCCAGAAAGUAUUCAUUACUGGCUGGCAGUAACUUACUCAUAUCUAAUGUGACCGAUGACGAUUCGGGGACAUACACUUGUGUUGUCACCUACAAAAAUGAGAACAGCAGUGGCUCUGCAGAGCUGUCGGUGAUGGUUCCACCAUGGUUUUUAAUUCGCCCUUCAAAUCUUUAUGCCUACGAGAGUAUGGACAUUGAGUUUGAAUGCGCUGUAUCUGGCAAACCUGCUCCCACGGUGGAAUGGAUCAAGAACGGCGAAGUGGUCAUUCCUAGUGACUAUUUUCAGAUAGUGGGUGGCAGCAACUUGCGAAUUCUGGGCUUGGUAAAGUCAGAUGAAGGUUUUUAUCAGUGUGUAGCUGAAAAUGAUGCUGGAAACGCACAGACCAGUGCACAACUAAUCAUCCCGGAGCCCGCCGUCCCGAGCUCCAGUGUCCUCCCCUCUGCCCCCCGAGAUGUCGUCCCUGUCUUGGUCUCCAGUCGGUUUGUCCGUCUCAGCUGGCGCCCACCCGUCGACGUGAGAGGGAGCGUCCAGGCGUACACAGUCUACUUCUCCAGGGAAGGCAUCAACAGAGAGCGAGCACUCAACACGUCUCAGGCUGGGACGCUUCAGCUGACAGUGGGGAACCUGAAGCCAGAGGAGACCUACACCUUCCGCGUGGUGGCCUACAACGAGUGGGGGCCCGGAGAGAGCUCGCAGCCCGUCAAGGUUGCCACACAGCCUGAGCUGCAAGUUCCAGGGCCAGUAGAAAACCUGCGGGCUGCAUCUACCUCACCUACCUCGAUCCUUAUUUCCUGGGAUCCUCCUGCCUAUGCAAAUGGUCCGAUUCAAGGUUACCGGCUCUUCUGCACCGAGACUGCGACUGGAAAAGAGCAGAAUAUCGAGGUCGAGGGGCUCUCCUACCGGCUGGAAGGCCUGAAGAAAUUCACGGAAUACACCUUGCGCUUCCUGGCGUACAACCGCUACGGCCCCGGCGUGUCCACCGAGGAGAUCGUGGUCACGACGCUUUCCGACGUCCCCAGCGCGAUGCCUCAGAACGUCUCCUUGGAAGUGGUUAAUUCAAGGAGCAUCAAAGUGAGCUGGUUGCCCCCACCACCAGGUACACAAAAUGGAUUUAUUACAGGCUAUAAAAUCCGACAUAGAAAGACUACCCGCAGGGGCGAGAUUGAAACGCUGGAGCCAAACAACCUCUGGUACUUGUUCACAGGGCUUGAGAAAGGAAGCCAGUACAGUUUCCAGGUCGCUGCCAUGACAGUGAACGGGACCGGACCCCCCUCAGACUGGUACACAGCAGAAACGCCAGAGAACGAUCUUGACGAAUCUCAGGUUCCUGAUCAGCCAAGCUCUCUUCAUGUCAGGCCAUUGACAACAAGUAUCGUUAUGAGUUGGACUCCACCGCUGAACCCAAACAUCAUUGUCCGUGGGUACAUCAUUGGCUACGGCGUAGGCAGUCCAUAUGCUGAGACUGUGCGAGUGGACAGUAAACAACGUUAUUAUUCCAUUGAAAAUUUGGAGCCGAGUUCCCACUAUGUAAUUUCCUUAAAGGCCUUCAACAACGCGGGCGAGGGAGUCCCCCUGUACGAAAGCGCGACCACCCGGUCGAUGACAGACCCCAUUGAUCCAUUAGAAGUUGAUUUUUAUCCUUUGCUUGAUGAUUUCCCUACCUCAGUCCCAGAUAUCUCCACCCCCAUGCUCCCACCAGUAGGUGUCCAGGCUGUUGCACUUACCCAUGACGCAGUGAGGGUCAUCUGGGCAGACAACUCUGUCCCAAAGAACCAAAAGACUACUGAGGUUCGCUUUUACACUGUCCGAUGGAGAACCAGCUAUUCUACAAGUGCUAAAUACAAGUCAGCGGAUACGACAGCUUUGAGUCACACUGUGAUAGGCCUCAAGCCAAACACCAUGUACGAGUUCUCCGUCAUGGUCACCAAAGGUCGGCGGUCAAGCACAUGGAGCAUGACUGCGCACGCCACAACCUAUGAAGCAGCUCCAACCUCUGCACCCAAGGAUUUGACAGUCAUUACACGGGAGGGGAAGCCCCGAGCUGUCAUCGUCAGCUGGCAGCCGCCGUUAGAAGCCAAUGGAAAAAUUACUGCUUACAUCCUCUUCUAUACUUUGGACAAGAACACUCCCAUUGAUGACUGGAUUAUGGAGUCCAUCAGCGGUGACCGACUUACCCACCAAAUCAUGGACCUCAAUCUAGACACCGUUUACUACUUCCGAAUCCAGGCUCGCAAUGCCAAAGGAGUGGGGCCUCUCUCUGAUCCGAUUUUCUUCCGGACACUGAAAGUCGAGCACCCUGACAAAAUGGCUAAUGACCAAGGGCGUCACGGAGAUGGGUCCUUCUGGCCGGUGGACACCAACCUGAUCGACAGAAGCAGCCUGAACGAACCUCCCAUAGGGCAGAUGCACCCUCCCCACGGCAGCGUCACACCUCAGAAGAACAGCAACCUGCUUGUCAUCAUCGUCGUCACCGUCGGGGUCAUUACGGUGGUGGUCGUGGUGGUCGUCGCUGUCAUCUGCACCAGGCGUUCCUCAGCGCAGCAGAGGAAGAAACGUGCCACGCACAGUGCUGGUAAAAGGAAGGGCAGCCAGAAGGACCUGAGGCCUCCAGAUCUUUGGAUACACCAUGAAGAGAUGGAGAUGAAGAACAUCGAAAAGCCGGCAGGCUCCGACCCCGCGGGAAGAGAGUCCCCCAUGCAGGGCUGCCAGGACAUCACCCCCGUCACUCACAGCCAGUCCGAGACGCAGCUGGGCAGCAAGAGCGCCCCACAGCCGGGUCCUGAGACAGAAGAUGUUGGAAGUAGCAUGUCCACAUUGGAGCGCUCACUUGCUGCCCGCAGAGCCACCCGUGCCAAGCUCAUGAUUCCCAUGGAUUCACAGCCAAACAACCCUCCUGUGGUCAGUGCCAUUCCAGUACCAACACUAGAAAGUGCCCAGUACCCCGGGAUCCUGCCAUCUCCCACCUGUGGAUACCCACAUCCUCAGUUCACUCUUCGGCCUGUGCCAUUCCCAACGCUCUCAGUUGACAGGACCUUUGGAACGGGAAGAAGUCAGUCUGCAAAUGAAGGCCCAGCGUCCCAGCAGCCGUCCUUGCUGCCGCCAGCACAGCCCGAGCACUCGAGCACCGAGGAUGCCCCGAGCAGAACAAUCCCCACGGCCUGUGUCCGCCCCACGCACCCUCUGCGCAGCUUUGCCAACCCCUUGCUACCUCCACCGAUGAGUGCAAUAGAACCGAAAGUCCCUUACACACCCCUUCUGUCUCAAACAGGGCCUAACCUUCCCAAGGCUCAGGUGAAAACGGCAUCGCUUGGAUUGGCAGGAAAGGCAAGAUCACCGCUGCUACCGGUGUCGGUGCCCACGGCGCCGGAGGUCUCCGAGGAGGGCCACAAGCCGACGGAGGACCCCGCUAAUGUUUAUGAACAGGAUGAUCUGAGCGAACAGAUGGCCAGUUUGGAGGGGCUAAUGAAGCAACUUAAUGCUAUCACAGGCUCAGCCUUCUAACAGCUAUUGAGGAAUAGAUAAUUAUCCAGGAGCACUGCAGCAUACCAGUAUUUCAUGCAUACCACAC